AUGCCUAACUCUUAUCCUAGUCAGGAAAUUCAGGAAGAGAUAAAAAGAGUGAUUAAAGCCUAUCGAUUGUCUUUUCCUUGUCCUCAUUGCCAGGAGGAAAUUAACGAUAAUCAUUUUAGUAAAGAGCAGCGAAUUUUUCAAUUUAUCAGCGAAAAAGUGCGGGAACUAGUGGAGGAACAAUUUAAUUUGCGGGGACAAACUUACCGGCAAAAUUGGUUGGAAGAAAUUAAAACCAGUCGCAUUUACGAAGAUUUUCCGGCCUUUCAAGAAUUACGACUCAAUUUGACUAAUCUCCAAAGUCAAGUGACUAAAUUACAAUCUUCUGAGUAUAUUGAAAAUUUGGACCGAGUAAAAAAAUUGAAUGAAGAAUUAGCCAAAUCGCAAAAAGAGACCACCGAAUUACGAGUUUUACUCCUGGGACAAAAAAAGAGCGGACAGAAGAAAGGGGAAGAAUUCGAAAAAUGA